GCAUUAAAAGAAGGCAUUCAGAACUCACAGCUUGCAGGAGGAGCUAAAUGCACUUAGCAAUGGCUAUUCUUGGGACGCCAUUGUGGAGAGGACUGAUCCUAGUGUUUUUUCACUUCUGCUAUACUGCUAAGGGAACUGAACAACCGGUGUUUUUGGUGACAUAUCCUGCCGUUAUUCAGCCAGGUACUGAGUCCAAACUGUGUGCCAGUCUUCUACAGCCAAAAGAGACUGUGAUAAUGACAGUUUAUCUGGUCAACAAUGACCAGAACCGAACACUGAUUCAGGAAAGAACGCAAGAAGAGUUUCAUCGCUGUUUUAAUUUUCAGGCUCCUCUAGUGCAGGCUGAGUCUAAACAGAGCAUUACAGUGGAGGUGCAAGGGGAAUCGUUCCACUUGAAAAAGGAAAGGAAAAUCCUGUUCAAACCCUUCAAAAAAAAUAUGACUUUUAUACAGACAGAUAAACCAAUCUAUAUUCCAGGACACACAGUGCUUUUCAGAAUUAUGUCCAUGGAUUCCAAUUUCAUACCAAUUGAGCAAGUGUACCCAGUAGUGUACCUUGAGGAUAGGCGGCAUAACAGAAUCAGUCAGUGGGUAAAUGUCUCCUCCAAAAGCAAGAUUUUACAGCUUUCUCAUAACUUGGACUCGGAGGCACCUGUUGGCAUGUACCAAAUCAUUGUAGAAAUUGAUGGAAGACAAAUAAGACAUUAUUUUCAUGUAAAAGAGUAUGCUUUGCCAAAGUUUGAAAUAAAAUUGAACUUACCUGAAACAGUAGGAAUAGGUGGAGAGGGGCUAAAAGUAGAAGUGUGUGGAAGAUAUACUUAUGGACAACCUGUUCCUGGGAAAGUGUUUAUGGAACUGUGUGGAAAAUCAUCUUCCCAUUCUCCAUCAUGCCUCACUGAAUCGGUUGAGAUGAGUGACAGUGGCUGUAUCAUUCAUGUCUUCAACAUAUUUGAUUUACUGAAAAACCAAAGUGUAUCUUCAUUUCAUUUUUCUGCUAAGUUAACUGAAGAAGGAACAGGGAUCUCAAUGUCCAGACAUGGCACUGUGUAUGUAUCUUACAAGCUUGGUGAACUCACAUUUGUUGAUACACCAGAUAACUAUGAACAUGGAGCAAUAAUAGAGGGAAAGAUCAAAGCUACAUAUAUUAAUGGAACUCCCAUUGCAAACAAGAACAUCUUUCUUUUGGAUGGUCGGUUGUGGUCCCCAACUCUAAUAGAGAAUCUUACCACAGAUGCUAAUGGAAUAGCUCAUUUCUCUGUCAACACAACAACCUUUCCUGGAGCCCCUCUUAACCUCUUAGCAAGCGAUACUACAGAACGUUCUCAUAGUUGGUAUGACAGACCCCACAUUCUAAAUGCAUUCAGAAUCAUUCACCUGGCACAACCCCACAGACCUCACACACCCACAAGAAGUGAACUUACUAUAGAAGACUUGGAGGAGCCACUGAAAUGUGACACAGACGUACCAGUAACUGUCAGGUACGCUAUUGUUGGUGAAGCCAUAAAGAAUGGGUCCUUAAGCAUAAUCUACUUGGCAUUAUCCAAUGGAGAGAUUUUUCAAUAUGGAGCCAUGCAGGUUACAGUAAAGGACUCUGAUAGAGUUAAUCAAGGCAAAGUCUCUUUCACACUGCAUGUCAGUGCUGAGACUGCUUCUCGGGUGCAGAUUUUGGUAUACUGUGUUCCACCAAGUGAGACUGUUAUAGCUGGCCACAAAGAUUUCAGAACAGAACAGUGUUUCAGAAAUAAGGUAUCUUUGCAGUUUUCUCCGUCCAAGGCUGUUCCAGGUGAAGAGAACACCCUGCAACUCUCAGCUGAGCCAGGCUCACUGUGUGGUCUCAGUGCUGUGGAUCAGAGCGUGCUCAUCUUGGAAUCAGGGGAACGUCUGAGUGCUGAUAAGAUCUUCAGGAUGCGGCCGCCACCACAUCAUCCAGUUGAACUUGACAGUGACCAUGACUGUGUUCAUGUCAGAGACCGCCGAUAUGUGUUACCGUUCCCUGGUGCAGUAGACAUUUCUGCUCUCAGUCUUUUCAAGAGAAUGGGAUUGAACUUGGCCACAAACGCAAUUGCAAGAAUUCCUCCCUGUGUAGUGUACAGAGGAAACACUUAUCACUUGAGUGGUGAGAUCUUACAAAUUUACCCUGAGGGCAGCAGAGGAUUUGGCAUGGCAGGAGGAAGUGGGAUGCGUCCAACUGAGACAAUCCGCUCCUUCUUUCCAGAGACUUGGAUCUGGAAUCUUUUAGAAGUAGGGGAAUCUGGAUCUGCACAACUGCCUGUUACUGUCCCUGACACCAUCACCACCUGGGAGACAGAGGCCUUUUGUCUGUCCUCCAAAGGUUUUGGUCUGGCUGCCCCAGCCGAACUCACCGUCUUUCAGCCUUUCUUCCUGGAGCUCUCCCUUCCUUACUCCAUAAUCCGAGGAGAACUGUUUGAGCUAAAGGCCACUGUCUUCAACUAUCUGUCAAAGAGCAUUAUGGUUAAAGUAACUCCAGCCCCUUCCUCAGACUACACUCUAAAACCCUCCUCAGAUGGCCAGUAUUCUUCUUGUCUGCGUGCAAACGGAAGGAAGACCUUCCGAUGGACUCUGAUACCCUCUGUGCUGGGGGUCCUGAAUGUGACUGUAAGUGCAGAGGCAGAAGCAUCUCAGUCUCUGUGUGACAAUGAGAUUGUGACUGUACCAGACAGAGGCCGCAUUGACACAGUUACGCGAACUUUGCUGGUGAAGGCUGAAGGCACUGAAAAGACCAACAGCUACAGCUGGUUGCUUUGUCCCCAUGGAAACACUGUGACAGAGGAGGUAGAGCUCACUCUGCCUGAAGUUGUGGUAGAGGGAUCUAUUAAAGCUUCAGUUUCAGUCCUUGGAGACAUUUUGGGCCGUGCGCUACAGAAUCUUGAUGGAUUGCUGAAGAUGCCGUAUGGUUGUGGGGAGCAAAACAUUGCACUUCUCUCCCCUAACAUCUACAUCCUGCAGUACCUAGAGAGCACUGAGCAGCUCACUUCAGCCAUUCGAGAAAGGGCCACUGGUUUCCUUAAAAAUGGAUACCAGAGGCAACUUAACUACAAGCAUUCUGAUGGAUCCUAUAGUGCAUUUGGUGUAGGUGAUGGGAAUACAUGGCUUACAGCUUUUGUCAUGAGGUCCUUUGGCAAAGCCCAAACUUACAUUUUUAUAGAGCCACGCCACAUUACUAGUGCAAAGCAAUGGCUAGUAAGUCAACAGAGACCAGAUGGUUGCUUCAUGAGGAAAGGUCGUCUCUUUCACAACAGAAUGAAGGGAGGGGUGAGUGAUGAUGUGACUAUGACCGCAUACAUUGUUGCUGCAAUGCUUGAGCUGAACAUAUCAGUGAUGGAGCCCUCUGUGAGUAAAGGCUUGUUGUGCCUAAAGUCCUCCAUCAGUAAUCUAACAAAUAACUACGCCACUGCUUUGCUCGCCUACACCUUCAGCCUGGCUGGGGAAAAGGAAAUACGUUCUCAGCUUCUGCAAAAACUGGAUGAUGUGGCCUCAAAAGAGGGUGGUCAUCUCUCCUGGUCCCAGUCAAAUUCGGAACAAUCAGAGUCCUUGGCAGUGGAGAUGAGCUCUUAUGUGCUGCUAGCAGUUCUCACUAAUUCCCCACUCUCUACUGCUGACUUAGGUUAUGCCAGCAGGAUUGUCAAUUGGCUGGUGAGGCAGCAAAACCCCUACGGAGGGUUCUCCUCCACACAGGAUACGGUGGUGGCACUACAGGCCCUGGCUCUGUAUGCCACUAAAGUGUUCAGCUCAGGUAGCUCUGCAACGGUGACAGUGCAGUCUGCCAGCGGGGCAAGUCACCUUUUUGAUGUGGACCAGAGCAAUACACUGCUGUACCAGGAGAGGGCGCUACAGGACAUACCAGCAAAAUAUAGUGUUGAAGUGAAAGGCUCUGCCUGUGUCUCUGUACAGAUGGCCGUGUUCUACAACAUCCCAACACCCAAGAAGGACUCUGUUUUCAGUGUUGAAGCAAAGACUGAGGAGAACUGCACAAAGUUUCCACAAACUCUGGUCAUCAAAAUCACAGUCCAAUAUAAUGGGUCACAGGAGAGCACCAACAUGGUCAUUGUGGAUAUAAAAAUGUUGUCAGGGUUCAUAAUUGAUGGAACUUCUUUGAAAACUUUGAGGCGUUCUGUACUUGUGAGUCGUGUGGACUCCCAAGAUGACCAUGUCAUCAUGUAUUUGGAGGAGCUUCCGAAGGCUAUUCCUCUUCAUUAUACUCUGUCUGUUACUCAGCAAGUCCCAGGGAAGAAUCUCAAGCCAGCAGUGAUAAAAGUCUAUGACUACUAUCAAACCAGUGACCAGGCUGAAACAGAAUAUUCUUUCCAGUGUACAGGCAAAGAACCCGACAUAUCACACAAUGAAGUACAAUGACUGACCUCAUUAUCAAAUGCCACUGAUGUCUCAUACUCCACGGAAUGCCUAUUCACAGGUUCUAGCUACUAACAGAUGAGGCAUCCUUUCAAUAAAGCAAAAUUCAGUUAAACAGUUGUCUUUUUAGGUGUUUUUGUAUAAAGUUUUAAAUUCAAAGCACAAAUAAAGCUUUAUACUGAAAACAUA